AGAGCCCCCGGGAGCCGUGUCCCGGCAGCCCCCCACCCCUCGGCACACGGCUGCGCAUCCCUGAGACACCAUGAUCCCCAGCGCGGGCCCCCGGGGCUGCUGCCUGCUCGUGCUGCUCUGCCUUCUCCCCUGCCCGCGGGUCUGGGCAGGCAGGGAUGCCGUGGGACCGGGGCUUUCUGCAGCCUCCUUCCUGCAGGAUCUCCUCCAGCGGUACGGCGAGAGCGAAACCCUGAGCCUGAAGCAGCUCAAGGCCCUGCUGAACCGCCUGGACGUGGGAGUGGGGCACGCCAACAUCUCCCAGCCGCCGCAGCAGCGAGUGAACCUCUCCCGGUGCUUCAGCUCUGUCGAGCUUUUCGCCAUCCACAACCUGAGCGAGGGCUCUGCCGUGGGGCACAGCGAGUUCAAGGAGUUUUGCCCCACCAUCCUGCAGCAGCUGGAGUCGCGGGCGUGCGCCUCCGAGAACCUGGAAAAUGAGGAAAAUGAGCAGACGGAGGAGAGCAGACCCAGCUCGGCCGAAGUGUGGGGCUUUGGUUUUCUCAGUGUGUCGAUGAUUAACGUGGCCUCCCUGCUCGGAGUCUUCAUCGUACCGUGUACCGAGAAGGCCUUUUUCAGCCGGGUCCUCACGUUUUUCAUCGCGCUCUCCAUCGGCACGCUGCUCUCUAACGCGCUCUUCCAGCUCAUCCCAGAGGUGCG